AGAGCUGAGAGGGUUCAGGCUGGGUGUGGGAGUAAACCCUUCAUUACUCCCUGUCUCUCUGGCUGGGGGUCCUUUAUUUGAAUCCAGUCUUUGUUGUGUUUCUGCCCCCCCCCCCCCCCCUCCUCCGGGAUAUUGCGGUGUGUAGGGCUUUGUGUGUGUGUGGAGGGGAUGUGCUGGGCUAGGCUCAGUGAAUGAAGAGAGUGGAGAGAGAUCCCGGGGUCCAGGCUUGCUUCAUGGAUAAAGCCAGCUCCGCCAGAUUCAUGACUUCUUGGUAACAAUAGAUUGCAAACAGAUGCUGCAGGCUGUCAGCAACAACCAUUGUAUAAGUGGCAGGGUCAAUCUGCCAUGAAGCACGUAUGAAAAGAUGACUAUAAGAAUCCUGUGAGCACCUCGCUGAGUGAGAAAGAUGAAACUAGUUAACCUUUGGACCCUGUUAAUUUUUCCAAAUUUCAGUGAUGCACAUACAUUAAUUAUUUGAAGGCUGACAUGUCUCUCCAUUCAAGCUAAUCAAGUUUCAAGUUACGAAGGUUAACAACCUCACCCCAUGGCUUCUGAUGAAUAUUGAAUCAAAGUGCUGGAUUUGGUGUUAAAAAUUAAGCAGAGUUCCACUUAGGCAACAUGGUUAAAACCAAAACCAAAAAUUGCUGGAAAAACUCAGCAGGCCUGACAGCACCUGUGGAGAGGAAGACAGAGUUAACGUUUCGAGUCCGUAUGACUCUUCGUCAGUAGAAUUAUCAAAACCAAGCUGUUAUACCGACCAAAAGUGUUGGAGUUCUAAGGACAAGAUUGUUCUAAGAUCUUUCAGCUUCUCUUGGUUCUUACGUCUAUUAUUGUGAUGGUGAUCCUUUCCUCCCAUCUGACACUGAAGGCGACUUUUCAUUACAGUGUGGAAGAUAAACCAAGUUGCCAAAUUGGGUAUUCAAACACAUACAGCAAGCAGGUAAUAUCAAAUUUCACCAGAAACACUCAUUUAUUCUUGAGCUUAAAUGAAAGGUGGUGGAUGCAGAAAGAGCCCGAGGCCAAUGAAUUGCCGUAUGGAAUUAAAGGCAGCGAACAAUCUAUUAACAAGGUGUUGGCCAGAAUACAGUAUGAAAUGCCUGAAAGUAUAAGCAGGUUGGCUUGUAAGAAAUGUGUUAUCAUCGGCAAUGGAUACACUCUGAGAAACAGCUCCCUUGGAGAAACAAUUAACGAAUAUGAUAUUGUUAUUCGAAUAAACGAUGCUCCUGUCCGAGGCUAUGAGAAGGAUGUCGGCAGCAAGACCACUUUGCGGUUCUUUUAUCCUGAGUCAGCGGCCAAGGAACCAGAUAUCGAAAACAACCCUAGCACGCUGCAUGUGUUUUUACCCUUCAAGCAAGUGGAUGCCCAAUGGCUGAAGGAGAUCCUGUAUAAUGAAAGAAGAUUUAGGAAGGGAUUUUGGAAGCCUCCGCCCUUGAUCUGGGAAGCAAAUCCUUCUAAUAUCCGGAUCCUCAAUCCAUAUUACAUUCACCAAGCUGCUACCAAAUUACUGAAGAUUCCACUGAAGUUGCCUCCCAAGUCCAAGAAGAAACCAGUGCAUCCCACCACUGGAUUUCUAGCUAUCACCGUGGCUCUGAACUAUUGCGAUGAGGUCCAUGUUGCCGGCUUUGGUUAUCCACUGAGUCAACAAAAUAGUCCCAUUCACUACUAUGGCAAAACUACCAUGAAAGAAAUGUCUAACUCGGAGCACAAUGUCACACAAGAGCAGCUGUUUCUGAAGAAGCUGGUGAAUGCUGGAGCAAUUAAAUACCUCACUGUUAUGAUGUAAUUUUUUUUCCCAAUGAGUGGCAAGUUUUAUUUAUAUUCCUUUUAAAACACUGAUUGUGGCGUUUUCCCUGGUUACUGACUGGGGACAGUUUGCGCGUGCACUCUGUUCUGGUUUGUGCUGGGUGACAGAUGGAAUAAUCAUUGCCCUUGGCACAGUCAACUCCCUGGCAUUGCUAGGAUCAUCAUAACAAGUGCAGGCGAUUCUACUUCGCACUGAUGUAGCUGCCAAACUUCAGAUGCUAUUUUGGACACUGACCAGAGUAACUGUGGACAACAUUAGAAGUAAAGAGUCAGAAGAUGCAAGAUCUGAUUUCUCAGCCAUGCAAAGAAAAAAAUCUUGUUUCGGACACUAGGUCUGAAAAACUUGUGUUAAUUGUAAUUGGAAAAAGGACCGCGUAGACUUAACAAGAACUUUCCAGAGCUCCACUAUGCUUUAUUUUGCCACACCAGGCUAAGCAUGGAUCUCCCCAUUUUAAACUAUUUUGUUCUGUCUCCCUCUUUUACUUGUGAAAUUUGUUUAGUCUUAUUCCACUGAGAGUUGGAGCAGCAACGAAUCAACAACACCAAUUCCUAUGUGACAUUGGGUCAUUUCAGAGGGCACAUUAGGCCAGACCAGGUAAGGAUGACAGAUUUCCUUCCCCAAAGGGUAUUCGUGGGCCAGAUGAUUUUUUUUUUUUACGACAAUCGACGAUGGCUUCAUGAUCACCAUUACUGAGACUAUCUUUAUAUUCCAGAUUUAUUAACUGAAUUCAAGCUCCACCAGUUGCCAUGGUGGGAUUCGAACCCAUGCCCCCAGAACAAUAGCUUGGGUCUCUGGAUUACUAGUCCAGCUGCAUUACCACUUGUGAUGAUUCAUUCCAGUGAUUUGGAUUGAAGGAUUGGAAUCCCCUAGUGAUUAGCUAACUUUGCCUUGGUGUUGGGAAACUGUACUUAAUAUCGGCUGGUGCCAUGUUGUCAUUAUUUAGAGAGCGCACUGCCCAAUCCUGGUUUGGGCAAUGGUGGAGGGGGUCUGCUUUUUAAGAGUUAAAUUUUAGCACAUGGGUGAGAUGGUGAUGGUGUUUUCGACUGUUGAGGCAGCCAAAACUGGUGAUGCUUAUUGUGGCUGUGUCUCAAUGUAACUCUCAGCAUGGAGGAAUUGUUGUAUUUUAAGCGGCUGUAGCAAUUUUUCAAUUAAAAACUGAAUGUGGUACUCUAAUAUCACUGGACAGAGGAAUUCUUUCCAGAUCUUCAAAAGCGCAAGUUGUUUAUACAAAAUCACACUAAAUGGGCAAGUAUUGAAUAUGCUAAGUGUAUUGUACAGCAUUUCUGUUGAUUUAGCAUUUUGAAUGGAAUCUUAUCUCUAAUUUCUACCUCUGAAUGUAUUUGGAGAUUCUCAGUUUAAAAAAUAAAAUGACUUCUGAAUGUCUGAAGUUUUCCAAAGUGGAAUUCAAGUGGACAUAAAAAUAA